AAAUAAUUAAAAACUCUCGAGCCCUGCGUGGGUUUCUCAAGAAAACACGUACAACUGCCAAGCAAGUAAAUCCAAACAACAAAAAUACCAAGUGCUAAACUGAGAAAAAUUGAAUCGCCGGCACUGCGGAGCCUCCGUUAGUCGCUUUUGAUGGAGGCGCUGAAACUCUUUGUGUUCACCGUACUCCUUUCCCUAGUUGUCGCCCACAUCGGAGUCGGCGCUGAUGUCUCAAUCUCAGACGUCGAUGAAGAAGUCGAAGUCCCCAGAUCGGAGGGUCCGGAUUCAUCCAUCCUGGAGCCGUUAAAGUCCAAGAUCCAUAGCCUCGAAUCACAUGUCGAGGAAAAAAUUCGAGAAAUAAAAGACAAAGAUGAAGUGAUUGCCGCUAAAGAGAGGAUAAUCAAAGAAAAAUCAGAUAGCAUUGCAACAUUGGAGAAUGAAAUCACAUCUCUGCAAAAAAAGGGCAAAUUAGAUGCUGCAGAACAGGUGGGAAAGGCACAUUCAAGAGCCAGCGAAUUGGAAAAAGAAGUGGAGAUACUGAGAAAAGAUAUUGAUUUAAAAAUUAAGGAAAAAGCGCUUUUGCAGGCCCGAAUAACAGAACUUGAAACAAAGGCUUCUGAACUGAAUUCUAAAAUUGACAGCCUUCAAAAGAUCAUUGGUGAUCAGAAAACUAAGAUACGAAAGACUGAACGUGCUCUUCAAAUUGCCGAGGAAGAAAUGAUGAAGGCAAAGUUUGAGGCAACAUCCAAGAUCAAGGAGUUGAUGGAGAUUCAUGGUGCUUGGCUUCCGCCGUGGUUGGCAGUUCAUCUCAAUAAAUAUCAGUCGCUUCUGGAGAAGAACUGGAAAGUGCAUGGAAAACCUGCUCUGGAGAUGUUGAUGCAGAAGGCAAGUGUUUGCGGUGCAUGUGCUGCACUGUCACAGCACAUGGCUGUUGAAAAGAAGGCCCAAGCUGAAGAGUGGGCUGCACCACAUGUAGAAACUAUUAAAACUAAAUGGGUACCAGCCGUUAAGGAACAGUGGGUUGUGAUAACCACUAAUGUUGAACCGCAUGUUCAAACUUUGACAACUAGAGCUGUUGAGUUAUACGAAGUAUCAAAGGACACUGUGACUCCUCACAUCAUUAAGGUGCAGGAAGUUGCCGAUCCUUAUUUUCAGGAACUGAGGAGACUUAGCAAACCAUACAUCGAUCAGGUUGCCACAGCUGCAAAACCUCAUGUCGAUAAAUUACGCUCUGCUUUGAAGCCGUAUACGCAGCAGGCUGUGCAUGCCUAUGGGAAAUUUCUUGAGUCGGCAACUACAUAUCAUUCUCAGGUUCAAGAUGUAGUACACGAGAAACUGAACAGUCACGAGCUCACAAAACAUCUUGCAACAAAAGAGUUGGUUUGGUUUUCUGCCUCUGCACUGCUGGCUUUGCCCAUCAUUUUUCUUUUGAAAAUAUUUUCAGCCACUUUUGGAAGUAAUAGAAAGCCGAGAAAGCCCGUCCGAAAUGGUAAUGCACAUACUUCCCGUCGCAAGGGAAAACGUGUACAUUCAGACAAAUGAGCCCGUUAAACUCACUCUAUUGUUUCUUAUCACAAGAGCUUUAAGAGAUCAAUCUGCUCAAGUAUGUUGUUGGUCUUCAAGUGUUGGCACAUGUCAGUUUAUUAUAUGUAGAACAGAAAAAUUGGUGGUAGCCAGUAGGUCAUUGUAGUUCUUUUUUAUGCUUUUCACGUGUAGUUUUAAAAAGCUUAUUCUUCGGGUGUUGUGUGUAUCAUGGUAUUUGCCAUUUGAUGAUAUCCAUGUCGAUUUGUGUUUUCUAGACCGUCAGAAAUCUGGAUUUUAGUAUCUCGCCUUUUAAUUGUAGAAUCGAAUUGAAUAAUUAAAUUAGAUUUGGCCAGGCCUUUGAUUUGAUGGAUUACGUCUAAGACUGUUCAAA